AUGGCUACCAGCUUGCACAGUCGCCUGGUGGCGGCGAUGCCACGAAAUGCUGCCGAAUUAAGCAAGGCUUUUGAUCUUGACGAUAUGGUACAGAAGAAGACCCGCCGCCAGUCGUCCGGGGUCAUUGUUCCCGGCGGAGCAAGAGGCCUCGUUGUACGAACGUACCGGGGCAUUCUGGAGGGAUCAGAAGACGAUGAUCCAGACUCUGCCAACCCCGAGGCUCAUCAGGUGCAAGUAGCCUGGGCAGACGGCAGCGUGGAGAACAUUGCGCGAGAUCAAAUUGAGCUGGUGGAUCGGCCGUUCUACGCGGGGGAUUUGGUGGUGUCGAAGGACGGGAAGAGUCUGGGUCUGGUUGUCGAAGAACACCCAGACAGUGUGGGCCCUUUGAGGGUCGAAGACGUUGAAGUGACGUCUCUAGAGUACCUUCCUUUGCCGCCUUCUCCGCCGCUUCUUCGCCCCCUCCAGGCGUUCGAAGUCGGAACGACCGUCAUCAAAGAUGGUCACCUCGGCGCGGUCAUCAGCUGCAAAGUCGACUACCUAAUCAAACUCGACUCCGGGCACGAAUUCACUCUCGAACACGGGAUGGAGGGCGUGCGGCCGGAACCGCGUCAAGGCUAUCCGACGGAGGCCUACGGGAUGUUUCCCUCGCAGCGGAUUUACGUCACCGGCGAAUGGCUAGACAAUUUCCAGCAGCAACUGCAGACGCGACAGGAGAGGCGGGAGCGCCAGGGCGCAGCGGAAGAGGCGUCCAUUGGGGCGCACCGUCUCUGCCGAGGCGUGGUGAAGUCGUUCGCGGUCCGGAGAGUGAAGGUCAACUGGCUGCUCGAGAACAGCGAGUCGUGGUCGUCUGCGCCGCCUCCCCAUCCGUUGGCCUCGCAGGCGAGCGAUCACGACUGCUCGGAGCUACUGCCGCUUCAGCAGUUUGUGCUUCGCCUCGGACAGCCCGUCUACGUCAACAUUCGCCACCACGGGCAACGCGCGUCUCCAUCUGGCCUCGGGGCGCUCCCUGUCUCGGACGCCGCUCGCGCUGUGACUCGAGGGCCGUGCAAAGAGCCGGCGAGCCGUGCACCGAGUGAACCUUCGAGAGAAGAUCACACAGAAGAGCAGAGCUCGCUUUCUGAGCAGACGCCGGCACAUGCUUCUUCCCCCUCCAGUUCUUCCUCGAGUUCUUCCCCCUCCAGUUCUUCGUCGAGUCCCUCAACUUCGGGGUGUACGUCUCCCGAGCCGCUGUAUCGGUUGGGCGUCGUUGAAGGCCUGGCCACGCGCUGCUGCGUGCUGUGGGAUGACGGCAGCGUGACGCGCGAAGAGGGCAGACAGUUGACGCCGGUGAACGUGGAUCGUGUGCCGCUCGGCCAUUCGGAGUUUGUCGUGAGUCUGGCGAUUCUCCCGCACAUGUACGUGACGAAGAAGCUGACGCAGGACGACCUCGACAAAGCCGCGCAGGAGGAAGAGGCGGCGGAGGCGCGAGCGCGCGCCGCGGGGCCCGCUUGGUGGAACGCGCCCUACUUCGGAGACACUGAGCUCGGGCCAGACACGGCGGUGCCGGAGGAGUUGAAGGCGGUCGAAGUCGUUCGCGCGCUCUCGCGAGUCUGCAGGGAAAUGGGCAUCGCAGACUACCUCGGAAGCAACUUGCCCCUGGACUUGUCCCUCUUCGACGCGCCCUCAAAUCGCACAGACCGAGGAACCGAACCGGUGGAUCGGAGAGCGACUCCGGGUCUCCGCAGGCGGCGCGAGAGGCGAGGACAGAGCGAGGGAGAGAGUGAGGGACGGAGAACGCAGAACGGAGAAACCGUGCAGGCUUCAGUUCCAGGCGACGAGAGGCUCGCGGCACGCGGGGCACCGACAGACGCCGAGAGCGCAGCGCAUGCAGAGCGCAAAGCGGAGGCAAACGAAGGCGGAGAAAACGAAAGUGGAGGAAGCGGAAGUGGAGAGAGUGGCAGGCGGUCCAGCAACGACGACGAUGCGUGGGAAGACUGUGGCAGCGAGGAAGACAGCGACGGGGCGGAGGGUGCGGGUGACUGCGUGGCGCCUCGCGAAGUGUCUUCGGGACGCGGAGCGCGGUUGGCGUGUGUGGGGACAACGGGCCUCGUCACCGGCGCCAGCGUGCAGGACGCAGUGGAGCAUCUCCAAGAUCUGUUCCAGUGUCUCCAAGACGCCGUCGGCCCCGGGAACCUGAACGUGCCGAUCUACAAACGGAUUCCCGUUCUCCGCAGCCCCCCGGAACCGCGAGGAGAAGAACGCGGAGAAGCGGAUGCAUGCGCCACAAACAACGCAGCCUCUCGUGACGCUUCUCGGCGCACAGCGGAGAACGGCGACGCUGGACCGGAAUCGAAUCCCAGCGCAGCCCCAGACGCCGACGCGUCUACCCCAUCCUCUUCUUCCCCAUCCUCUUCUUCCCCGUCUUCGUCUUCCCCGUCUUCUGCUGAGGGCGAUGGGGGGGAGUCGCGCCGCGCUCAGCGGCGUUCGCGGUCUCCAGAAGCCGAAGCGCCUGCGCGGCUGCACGCGUUGAUGGGGCGCAUGGUGAACGGGGAGCUACGGAGAAGAGAGCUUUUCCAGUUCAUCGAGUUCAUUCGAAUGGCCGGGCCGACCGUGGUGGGGCCAAGCGGGGUUGGGGACGGCUCCUGGGUGAGCGCGAGCGGGCAACGCCGGCAGCUCGACCCGGUGCAAAUUCAAGGAAUCAUCAACUGCGUCUUGUCCCUGCGCGGCGAGGCUGCUCUUUCCACGUUCCGCUCCUUCGCGGGCGCGAGGAACCAGGGACGGUUCGGAGACCGGGAAGUCGGCGUCGUCGUCUGCGUCAACCGCGAAGAAAAAACCGCCACAGUCGCGUGGCUCACCGACCCUGAAGCCUUCUUUGCGCGCGCCAGGAGUCUGCGGACGGAGAUUGAGGCGGAGACGCGCGAGGCGCGGAGUCGGAAGGACGACCUCCACAGACGGACCGAGCUUCAACUCGCGCGCUUCGGCAUUGCAAUGUGGAACGGAGGUCGGCCGGAUCGUCCGCGAGAAGACGCAACGGGCGCUCUCUACAGAGCCACUGCAGGGGACUACACAGCAGGUGCGGCGGCGAAUCUCGUGCGCGUGGAGUCAGUCCCUGUCACGGAUUUGUCGCCCCUCAGUCGUUUCCUGUUUUUCCCGGGGGACUGCGCCCUCCUCGUGGACGAGACGGCGCGGCUCUCGGGAGCAUGUGAGGGCCGCAACGCGGACGCGAGGGAGGGACAAGCGGGCAGUUUGGAGCCGCGAGAGAACGCGAAAAACGACAAAGUUUACCUCCAAGUCGUUGCGGCUUGUGGAGGCCUCGUCUGGUGUCGGACCUUCGACGGUCGUUUAGCGCCCUUCGCUCCCAACGAACUCGUUCCCCUCAACACGCGGUGGUGCGACUUGGAGCCUUCCUACGAAGAAUCCUCAGAUGAGGAGUCGGAGUACUCAGAGUCCGAAGCGGAUGAGAGCAGCGAGGACGACUCCGAGGAUCGCGAAACGCAGUCCUACGAAAGUUGGGAACUCGACGACGAAUGGGAGAGCGACUCUGGGAGCACCAACGUGACAGACCUCUCCGAUCCUGUUGGGAACGGCCCGAGUCGAUGCAGCAGCGUCGAGAGAAUGAGCGAUCAGUCGCAAGACGUAGCAGGCGGAUAA